AUGGAGCGGGAACGGAGCCGUGAGGGGAACGGAACAGCGGGAAUGGCGCUUCCAAGGAUUCCCUGGAAUUUUCCCCCUCUCUGCUGGCUCCUCCUGGCCGUGGCCAUUCACGUUUCCCUGGGUUUGGAAUGCCAGGAGCACCAGUACCUGCUCCAUGGGAAAUGCUGCAGUGACUGCGCCCCCGGGCAGAGGAUGCGCAACCGCUGCACGGCCGGGGCUGACACCGUGUGCUCGCCGUGCCAGGACGGAUAUUUCAGCUCCCAGUACCACCAUGGCUUCUGCCACAGCUGCACCGUCUGCAACGCCAGGAAGGGCAGCGUGGAGGUGAAGCCGUGUGAGAAAACCUCGGACAGGGUCUGUGUGUGCCAGGGGAUUCCUGUGGGGAAUGAGUGCUCCCGAUGUCCUGAAGGGACUUUCUCCAGAGGAAGCAACGAGAACUGCCAGCCUUGGACCAACUGCAGCUUUUUUGGGAAGCGCACGCUCCGAGCUGGCACGGCCACAGAGGACGCCCAGUGCAGCAGCCCUGGCCUGGAUCCCAUUCCUACAGAAUUCCUGAAAACCAGAGCUGCCAUUCCCACAGAAUUCCUGAAAACCAGAGCUGCCAUUCCCACAGAAUUCCCAGAAACCAGAGCUGCCCUUCCCACAGAACUCCCAGGGAGCAGCUCCAGCCCCAGGGAGACCCCGGAGGUUUGUUCAGGUCCUGGCAGCGCUGCAGAGCCCAGCUGGGGUUCUUUAUCCCUGCUCUUGCUGUGCCUGAUGCUGCUGAUGGUGAGUGGAAUUUCCAUCCUGCUCCUGAUCAUCCAAACAUCUCGGAAAAAAACCAGGAAUGGGCCUGGGAGGAGCCUCCAGCACACCGAGGGGAGCUGCAGGAUCCCCAUCCAGGAGCAGCACAUCGACUCCAACUGCAGCCUCAUCAAAUGAGCCCAGCCCAAAGCCGGGCCUGCCUUCCUCAGCCCGGGAAUCCCAAGGAGUGCUGGGACUAAUUAGGGCUGGCUUUGCUUAAUGAGGAGUUAAAUAGGGGCUGAAUCAACUCAGGAUCUCCCUUUGGAAUUUGGGGAAAUUCCUAAGGGAAUUUGGUGUGGAUUAAGUGGCAAAGCUGAGCUCUAAAAUCAGGAUUCAGUGGCAAAACUGAGUCUAAAAUUGGGAUUAAAUGGCAAAACUGAGCCUAAAAUUGGGUUUUAAUGGUAAAACUGAGUCCAAAAUCAGGAUUCAAUGGAAAAACUGAGCCUCAAAUUGAGAUUAAAUGGCAAAACUGAAUCUAAAAUCGGGAUUCAGUGGCAAAAUUGAGCCUAAAAUCAGAAUUAAGUGCCAAAGCUGAGCUGUGAAAGUGCCAAAGCUGAGUUCUAAACCCACGAUUCAGUGGCAAAACUGAGCCUAAAGUUGG